AUAUUCUCACUAUUAGUUUCAGAGAGGAGGGAGCUUCUUCUGUUUGUGCUUUGUAGUUAUGUUCAGAUUCUUCUUCUUCUUCUUCUUCAUCUUCUUCAUAGCUAACAAUGUUGAGGGAAACCCACAUAAUUACAGAGAAGCAUUGGCAAAGUCAUUAUUGUUCUUUCAAGGUCAGAGGUCAGGGAGGCUUCCUCCACACCAGUUACUAACUUGGCGCUCCAACUCCGGCCUCUCCGAUGGCCGCCUUGCCAAUGUGGAUCUAUCAGGAGGCUACUACGAUGCUGGCGACAAUGUCAAAUUCAACUUUCCAAUGGCCUUCACCACCACUAUGUUAUCAUGGAGCACACUUGAAUAUGGCCGGAGAAUGGGCCCCGAAAUCCAGGAGGCCCGAGCUGCAAUUCGUUGGGCCACAGACUACCUUCUCAAGUGUGCCACUGCAACACCAGGCCGGCUCUAUGUUGGAGUUGGCGACCCGAAUGUGGACCAUAAGUGUUGGGAAAGGCCUGAAGACAUGGACACGGUUCGAACCGUGUAUUGGGUCUCGCCUGACAAACCGGGUUCAGAUGUGGCCGGUGAAACAGCCGCCGCCCUUGCUGCUGCCUCAAUUGUUUUCCGUCGAGUUGAUCCAGCAUACUCAAAGAGAUUGAUGGGGACGGCUCAGAAAGUGUUCCAAUUUGCUUUGCAAUAUCAAGGUUCUUAUAGUAGUUCUCUUGGAUCUGCUGUUUGCCCGUUUUAUUGCUCAUAUUCUGGUUACAAGGAUGAAUUAUUGUGGGGAGCUGCAUGGCUUUUUAGAGCAACAAAUGCUGUUUAUUACUAUAAUUUGAUAAAGAGUUUGGGAGCUGAUGACCAACCUGAUCUCUUUAGUUGGGACAACAAGUAUGCUGGUGCGCACGUGCUUCUCUCAAGGAGAGCAUUGAUACAUCAUGACAAGAACUUUGAUCAAUACCAGCAAGAAGCUGAGAAUUUCAUGUGCAAGAUUUUGCCUAACUCUCCCUCUUCUAGCACCCAAUAUACACAAGGAGGGCUUAUGUUCAAGCUUCCUGAGAGCAAUCUUCAGUAUGUAACAUCUAUAACAUUCUUGCUCACAACCUACUCUAAGUAUAUGUCAUUUACAAAGCACACAUUCAAUUGUGGCAAUCUCUUUGUCACUCCAAGUACCUUAAGAAGCCUUGCAAAGAGACAGGUGGACUACAUUUUAGGAGACAACCCUUUAAGAAUGUCCUAUAUGGUAGGGUAUGGUCCUUAUUUUCCAAAGAGGAUUCACCAUAGAGGAUCAUCCUUGCCAUCCCUAACAACUCACCCUCAAAGCAUAGGUUGUGAUGGCGGUUUCCAACCAUUCUUUCACUCCAUGAGCCCCAACCCUAACAUUUUGGUUGGAGCUGUUGUUGGCGGGCCAAAUCAGAGCGACGGGUUCCCAGAUGAACGUGAUGAUUAUAGUCAUUCUGAACCUGCCACUUACAUUAAUGGUGCCAUUGUUGGACCGCUUGCAUACUUUGCUAGUGCUCGUCAUUAAUUAACAGUCAGGUUUUUUUUCACUGCCUUCAUUAGGAGUUGGUCUAUAUGUGCCAACCCAACAAAGAAAAAAAUGGAGGCUUAGAAAUCAAGCAAGUGCAUGUGUCUUUUCU